AAAAUGAGUCAACUGUUUUGUUAAAAAGAUAUAAAAUGGGGCGGCACAGGCGGAACCGUGAGAAGGAUAUUGACGAGGCGGAACAAAAUAUUAAUCAGAUUCUGUCAGAGUCGGGGAAAAAAGAAGAACUGAGAGAAAAACUUGUGAAGAAAUUGGAAGAGAUUGGAUGGAAAGAUCAGGUUAAACUGGUCUGUAGGGAUGUAGUAAAGGAGAAGGGACUCGAUAAGAUAUCUGUAGAAGAUUUAGUUCAGGAGAUGGGACCUAAGGGAAGUCAGCUAGUUCCGGACAGUGUACGGAUGGAACUUCUCAAGGAGGUUCGGGACUACCUGGAGCAACGGGCUGAUGAUUAGGUUCCUGGAGCAAUGGGCUGAGGAUUAAUCUUGAUCAUUGUUCCACAUUUUCCAUUCCCAACCCUUUCUCCAACAUGCUACUUAUACCCGAUGUUAAACUUAAUCUCUACUUCCUCCUUCCAUACAUUUAUCUUACUCCCAACAGUUCUCCACAUACCUCAUUUUUCCACUUCAACCUAAUAGCUUAAUUAUUUUACCCCCAACUAAUCUCUCUUUUUUACUCCCACCUAAUCUCUCUUUUUUUACUCCCACCUAAUCACUAACUUAUAUUACUCCCACCUAAAGGCUCCUUUUAUUACUCCAACCUAAAGGCUCACUUAUUUUACUCCCACAUAAAGUUUCACUUAUAAUAUUCCCACCUAAAGGCUCACUUACAUUACUCCCACCUGAAGGCUCACUUAUAUUACUCCCACCUAACAGCUAACUUACUGUACCCCCACCUAAAGGCUCACUUAUAUUACUCCCCCCUAAAGGCUCACUUAAAUUACCCCCACAUAAAGGAUCACUUAUAUUACUCCCACCUAAAGGCUCACUUACAUAAUAUUACUCCCACCUAAAGGCUCACUUAUAUUACCCCCACAUAAAGGAUCACUUAUAUUACUCCCCCCUAAAGGCUCACUUAUAUAAUAUUACUCCCACCUAACAGCUCACUUACCUAAAUGCUUUUUUAGUCCUAUUCAUUAUUUUCAUAUUGUUUUCCCAAUACAAUAUUGAAUUCAUUAAACAAACAUUAUUGAAAACUUUAUUUGAAUAUUUCGGUCUUUGAUAAUAAAUUGAACAAAAUAUUA